CCAGGAGCUCUGGGGAGGAAGCCAGGGAGCGGCCGCUGUGGCUGCACCCUGCUUGGGCAGCCGCCCCCCAGGCCUGGCCUCCCCCCCAGGCCAGCCCUCGGACAUGGCCGUGCAGAUCCCCCUGUGGUAUCACUACCUGAGGGCCAUUGGGUCCCGGGCGGCGGCCAGAGCACAGGCCUUCCAGGGCGCGGAGAACGCAGUGCUGACGGUGCUAGAGCAGGUGUGUGCCCGCGACCCCCGCUUCCUGGUGGACUACUCGGGGGGCCGGCAGGCCCUGCCCUUCUCCCUGCGCUCCUCGGACGGGCCACUGGCCUUGCUGGUGCCCCUGCGGCUGGACGCCCAGGUGCUGCAGAUAGAGGGGGCGGGAGUCGCCUGCCGCCUGGCUGUGCCCUGGGGGGACGCGGCUGGCCUGGAGCCCUGGAUGGCGGAUGACAUCUUCAGCCCCUCGGAGGAGGCCGGCGCCCCGUGCCAGGGCCACGUCGAGCCGGGCAAGGUCCUGCGAGUCCUGCAGGAGCUGCUGGUGGCUGCCAUCGUGCACUGCCGCCACCACGGCCUCCUCGCACCAGGCUCCGUGCACAUGGCUGGUCCCCAGGAGGGGGCGCUACACCUGACGCUGCUGGUGUCCAGCGGCUGGAGGACUGUGUGCUUCCAUGUGGUGCCUGCAGUGCUGAGGAAGCAGCCCAUACCCGGCCUGGAGGAGGUGCGGCCACUACCGGGCUUUCCCGAGGGCAGCUGGAAGAGGGUCUGUGGCCAGGAGGUGGCACUGGUGCCUGCCAGCUCCCAGCACUGGAGAGUCUCCACUGACCACCUGCUGACCAGGCUGCUGGGUGUGUUGGGCUCCCUCCCUGGCCACCGCCUGGACGCCUUGUCCAUCCUGGACCGUGUCAACCAUGAGAGCUGGCGGGGUGGCAGUCAGAGCCCUGGACUCACCUUCGAGCACCUGCAGAUGGUGCUGCUAUGGGCAGCAGUCCUCUUCCCAGCGCCCGAGGACUGGCAGGAGCCCCAAGGUGCAGUGUACCGGCUGCUGGUGGUUCUGCUGAGCUGCCUGGCGUCACGGCGGCUGCCCCACCUGCUGCAGCCAGAGCAGGACCUGCUAGGGGGCCUGGCCCCCGCCCUGGGCCACCUGUACCAGCUUGUGGAGCACUUUGCCAGCCAGCCCGAGGCCGCCCUGCGCCUACAUGCCACGCACCUGGGUCGUAGCCCCCCACCACGCCUGGGCUCGGGGGUGAGGGCCCUGCUGCAGCUGCCCGCCAGCGACCCCACCUACUGGGCCACCGCUUACUUCGACAUGCUUCUGGACAAGUUCCAGGUUUUCCACAUUCAGGACCAGCAGCGUCUGGCGGCCAUGCAAAACAUCUUCCUCAAGGCCAGGGCUCUGGGCAGCGAGACAGCUGAGUGACCAACCGACCGCGGUGGGAGGGGACAGGCCAGCCCUGGUGGAGGGGGCUCUGUCCCCAGUGUCUCCGCCACCUGCCCUGGACCGGCCUGUGGGGGACCCUAGCAGGUCUAGAAGGGCUGCUGUCUACGCUGGGGGGGGGUCCGCCCGCCCCACCUGCCCUGUCCUGCAAGCUGGACAUUGGAUGGGGCCCCUCUGUGCACACAGCUGGCCCCCAGCUCCCCCUGUGACCCCUCCCCACAGGGCUGUGCCCCUUGUCAUAGGAGACCCUAUGAGGUGGUGACACCAGGGCUAGGCACCUCCACAAGCAGACAGCACCUGAGCAGCCCCCACCAGGGGGAGCCAGCGGGCACCCCCCAGGCCUGUGAGGGCUUUGGGGUGACCGGUGACCAUCUCUGUGCCUCUGGCCCAACCUCUGGAGCUGGCCCUAGGUGUGACUGUCCAGGGUGACAGCCAGACACCGAGCUGUCCCCCGGGGGUGCUGGGCAGGGCAGUGGGUGUCUCUGCCUCCAGCCCCCUUCUCUGUCAACCUCUGACGCUCCUGCUGCAUCCUCGUGAAAUAAAGUCUCAAAAGCUGA